AUGGCGGGCGACGAGACGCCGUCGGCGAUGGACGACGAGGCCGUGCAGGUGGCGGCUCUCGCGGAUGCCAUGACCGACGCCAUGUCGGUCGCGACGCGCGCAUCGCUCGACGACCCGGAGGCGAACGAGGGCGCGUCGACGAGCGCAGUCUCCGCGCUCCUGGGCGAUCGGGCGUCGGCGAAGGCGUCGCGGUGGGCGCGCAGGGCGAAGGAGCGCCUCGAGGAAUCGAGGGACAGGCUGCGCAGGGUCAUCGAGGGCGAGUGGGACCUCAAGACGACGCUCGCGCACCGCGAACGCAAGGCUGUCGCCGGGGCGCUCGCGUGCGUCGCCCCGGGGCUGAACCGCGACGACGACGACGCGCUUUCGGAUCUCCUCCGCUGGUUCGUCGUCGACGCCCUCGGGUUGGACGAGGAUUCCCUCCUGGCGGUGUCGCCGCUCGCGACGCCGCCGCCCACCACCGUGGAGGAACAGAUCCAGCGCACGACGACGGCCGCGGGCACCUUCGUCGGCGCGCUCGCCGUCGCCGAGUCUCUCCCCGGCGACGACGAUCCGACGGAAGACGACCACGAUCCGACGGAGCGCUCGGACUUUGGCGACCCCGCGAACACAGCUGUCGACGACGGGAACUCCCGCGUCAACUCGGUGGCCGGGCGGCUGCGCGAGAGAUGGACGGACGUCAUCGGCGCGUUGAUGACCGCCGCGGUGGCGGCCAAGAGGUACGACGCGCGAUGCGCCGCCGCGUUGAGACGUCUGAGUGUAGCGGCGGGCGUGCGUUGGAGCCGCGUCGCCGCGCUCGAGGAUUCGCUCGCGCUGCACCUCAAGUCCAUCCUGCGCAGCCAGAGAGGUGCCGAGGGGGGUGCCGAGGGGGGUGCCGAGGGGGCUGCCGAGGGUGCGACGUCGUCCGCGAUGUCCCCGUCCAACGCCGUCGUCGCCAAACAUAGCGGCGGCGGCCAAACGCAAACAACAGACGGCGGGUGGCUCUCUCAGCUUCGGAACAUGUCGGCGUCGCGCGCGCUGUCCGUGACGGCGGCUGCGGCGGUGGGCGGGUCGGUCCUGUUCAUCACCGGGGGUCUCGCCGCGCCCGCGGUGGUGGCGUCGCUCGCGUCCAUGGGCGCCGCGGGGGGGAUACUGGGCACCGCGGCUCUCUCCGUGGGUACGCUGCUGGCGUAUUUCGGCGGCGCCGGCGGUAUAUCGAUGAUCUUCGGCGGCGUCGGCGCGGGCUUGACCGGGUGGAGGAUGCUCAACCGAACGUCGGGGCUGACGCAGUUCGCCUUUCUCCCCGUGCGGGGCACCGGCGCGGGCAUGAGCGUCUACCUCUUCGUCCCGGGUUUCCUUCGAGACCCCGCGGAUCUCUUCCGGACGUGGGGUGCGUCCGACGGCGUCUACUCGGUGGUGCUGCAACUUCCUCCGUCUCCUAAGGACGAUAAGGGUAACGAUAAGGGCGAUAAGGACGAUAAGGACGACGACGUCAAGGGUCAGCUGGUGGCGGGGCUGGGUAUGUGGCUCAAGAGGGACCCGAUCACCGACGACGUGUUCGUGUCGUGGAUCGACCCGGGGGGAGCGGCGGACAGAGCGGGCGUCGCCGAGGGAUCCGUGCUCACCGCUCUCGCCACCCGGGUCGAUACGGAUAAGGAGAGUUUGGACGAUACGGAUGAUGACACGCCAAGGCCGGCUCCGAGGGUGCGACGCGUCCGCGGGCGCGGGGACGAUCCGAACGACAGGUCGUUGCUCAGGCUGUCGCAGGUGCGCGCCGUGCUCGCGGGACGGGAUCGCACGAGGUCGGGCGAGAGGCUAUCCGAAAUUUCACCCGUGGAAGCCGCCGGGGCGGCUGGGAACGUCGUCGUCGCCGAGCUGUGGCUCCGGCGCAACCUCGCCGCGGGGGACGACGUGGAGAAGAUCGCGAAGCGUCGGGGUUUGCCCAAGCUGAGGCUCUUCAGGCGCAGAGCCGAGGCGAAGAGGAAGGCGAAGUUGGCGCAGGCGAUGGUCGGCGCGAGCGAGGCUGAAAUCAUCGCCGGGAAGGACGGGGCGGUGCCGGAGCAGGAUAACGACGAAGAAGAGGACGACGAGGAAGCGGGCGACGACGGGGAUGACGACGAGGACGACGAGGACGAGGACGACGAGGACGAGGACGACGACGAGGACGAGGACGACGACGAAAAAGCGACAAAAACCGAGGCGAACGAGGCGGGUCCCCCGUCGCCGCCGCCGCCCGCGCCCGCCGCUCAACACAGGUGGCACCGCGCGGGCAUCGACGCCCUGCGGUCCAUCGGCAACGGCGUCGUCUCCGUCGCCUCCGUCGUUCCCUUCGUCGGCGGUACCCCGGGUGGGGGCGAGAAGAGGACACCGUCCGGCGGCGACGGCGGCGACGGCAGCCCGGAGAAGACGGAGGACGAGCGACGACGCGACUCCGCGGCGGCUGCGGCUGAGCUGGCAGCCUCGUGGCCGCUGCCCAACGGCGAACAGCACGUGGUUGGGUGGGAGCACGCCUUGCUGGUGGAGCUCGGGCUCGCGAUGACCUCCUUCGCGCAGGACGCUGUGACGUCCUACGCCGUCGGACACGGCAUCGGGUACACCUCCCUCGCCGGCAUAGCCGCGGCGGUGACGUGGCCGGCGCUGCUCCUGAAAUCGUCCCAAUUCAUCGACUCGCCUUGGGCCCUCGCCAUCGCCCGCGCCGGGGACGCGGGCGAGGCGCUCGCGUCCGCGCUGCUCGAGCGGAAGCAGGGCAUGAGGCCCGUGACGCUCGUCGGGUACAGCGUCGGGUGCGAAGCCAUCGCGCGGUGCUGCCGGGUGCUCGCAAACGCCGAGGGCGGAAAAGGCUUAGGGUUGGUGGACGCCGUGGUGCUGGUGGGCGCGACGCUGGACACCGGGUUCGAUACCUGGGCGCCGAUCAGGGCUGUGGCGUGCGGGAGGGUGGUCAACGCGCACGUCAGCGGGGCGGCGGCGGCGAACGAUUGGCUCCUGGCGUUUCUGUACAGGGCAAACACCCAGGUGCUCGCGUCGGUGUUCAACCCGACAAACGUCGUCGGCGCGGCGAAGGGUCUGGCGGCGUGGUCGACGGUGGCGCACCCGGGGGUUGAGAACGUGGACGUGUCGGACGUUUGCUGCCAGCACACGGACAUACCGGACGAGAUGCCGCGCAUACUGACCAAGUGCGGCAUGAGCUGA